AGAAGAAAGAAUAGAAGAUGGAAGAAGAGGAGCCUGUAAGUCCAACAGGGCAAUACUUGAGUAGCUCAGUGCUCAAUGUUACAGUUCUUGUUGUCUUUGAGACUUCAAUCCCUAUUGAUGAUUCCCAAGCCAUUGCAGCUCUGCAAUCCAUCUUCUUACCUAUCAACCCUCGUUUCUCUUCCAUCAUGGUAAGAGAUGAGCAUGGAGUUCAAAAAUGGAGGAAAGUUCAAGUGAAGUUAGAAGAGCAUCUUAAAGUGCCAGUGUUCCCACAAGGAUUGGAACAGUAUGAUGAAUUCUUGCAAGAUUACAUAACAAAAAUAUCAAUGGAACCCUUGCCCUUCAGCAAGCCAUUGUGGGACGUGAGUGUCAUAAAGUACCCUACAAGCACUGCAGCAGGGACCUUCGUCUUUAGGCUUCACCAUGCUUUAGGUGAUGGUUAUUCUCUUAUGGCUGCAUUGUUUUCAUGCCUUAAAAGAGUUGAUGAUCCUUCACUUCCUCUCACUUUCCCUUCUUCUAAGCCAAGAAGAAGAUGGGAUUCAUUCCUUGGGUUUGCUCAAGAGCUAUCCUAUGCUUGUGUGAACACCAUUAGAGACUUUGGUUGGAGCUUGAUGAAGAGCAGUGUGAUUGAGGACAGUGUAUCAGCGAUCAGGUCUGGUGUGCCAUUUGUUGAAUCCAGGCCUAUCAACUUGUCUUAUUUUGAACUCUCUCUUGAUGAUAUCAAAACAAUCAAGAAAAAUGUCAAUGGGACCAUAAACGAUGUAUUAGUAGGAAUAAUAUUUUAUGGGAUCAACUUAUAUAUGGAAGAAGUGAGUCCAUGCCAUAAUGCAUGCAAAAUGACUGCUUUAGUGUUGCUUAACACAAGAGCUAUUAGAAGCUACAAGAGUGUGGAGGAAAUGAGAAACCCUAAUUCCAAGGCUAAAUGGGGAAAUUAUUUUGCCUUUCUUCACAUUCCUAUGCCCAAGUGUGAUAAAAAGAGCAAAGGUGACACAGUUGACCCACUUGAUUUUGUGUUGAGAGCUAAGAAGAUCAUCGAAUUGAAAAGGUCCUCUUUUGGGGUUUAUUUAUCCGGUGCCCUUUUGGAGAUGGUCAGGAAAUUGACAGGCCCUGAGGUAGCUUCUCGUUGCAUGCUGAAAACAUUAACAAACUCAAGCAUAGCAAUUUCAAAUAUGAUUGGACCUAUGGAGCAAGUUGAAAUUAUUGGUCAUCCUGUUUCUGGCUUUCAUUUUAUGAUGGUACGUGCCCCUCAGAGCUUGACGAUGACAAUAGUGAGCUAUAUGCAAAAGGUGAGAGUGGCCGUGGGUGCUGAGAAGGGUUUCAUUGAUUCCCCACUUCUUGUUUCAUGCAUGAAGAAAUCAUUUGAAUCAAUUUAUGAAGCUUCGGUUGUUGAUAAAGAAAACCAAUUUUAUUCACAGGAGCAUGAAAAGGAAAUAUAAUAAUUGCAUCCAAGCAGUGGUGUGUACUCUUGUAUUGUGAACUGAUCGAGAUGU